CAUGAUCUCAAAACAUACAGCGUUCCCAAACGUAGCCAAAACUCAUAACUUGCAUCAAUAAAUAAAUAUAUCCUCAAUCCCUUAUAUCUUUUUAUCUCUCUACAUAGAAACCUUAUAUCUAUAAGCUCAUAACUAACUAAUAUGAUGCUUACACAAACAAUGAGAGAAGCUACUGCCGUAAGCACAUUCUUCUCCAAUUUCAUCUCCCAUCUUUCCCCCAAGAAUCGCCACAAGCCCAAGCCGAACCAAUUGCACGUGCCAAACACGCUACCUGCCCUUUCGACGACUACUCCUUCGACGUGUAGCAACAAGCUCAAGAGAAUAUUCCAGCACUUUGAUGAGGAUGGCGACGGAAAAAUAUCACCCACAGAGCUAACAAACUGUAUGAGGACCGUCGGUGAGGAGCUAACUAUAGAGGAUGCAAGAGCAGUGUUUGAGUCUAUGGAUUCGGAUUGCGAUGGAUUGUUAGGGUUUGAGGAUUUCGUGAGGCUGGUCGAGGUUGAAGGGGAGGAGGAGAAGGGAAGAAGUUUGAGGGAGGCGUUUGGCGUUUAUGAAAUGGAGGGUCAAGAUUGCAUCACGCCGAAGAGUUUGAGGAAGGCGCUGGAGAGAAUAUUGGGGCAGCCGAAGAGCGAGGAGGAGUGCGAAGAGAUGGUGAGGAGGUUUGAUCUUGAUGGAGAUGGUGUUAUUAGCUUUGAUGAGUUCAGAGUGAUGAUGCUCUGAAUGAAAUAUUUGAUCAAUACUGUAGAAUAAAGGAGAGUUUCUUGUGUACAAGUCGCAUUGUUUGUCCCUUGGAUCAAUAUUCAUCCGGAGGAUGCGUGUUUUGGCCUUUCGAUCGGCAGAAUGUUGAUUUAGGAGUGAUAAUACUUGAUUUGUUGAUUGCGUAUAGAACUGUUUUUCUUUGGAUUCAUAGAGGGGCAGUUGAGUUUGGAAUUGGAACUGGUGUUAAUUGUUUGGGUCACAUGCAUGCAUGAACCUUUCUGUCUCUCCUGGAUCUCAU